AUGCAGCCAAACCAGCAGACAGCAUUUUGGUGUCGGGAGGUGUGGCCAGACACAUCACCUGGCUUUGCUGGAAUCCAACAUAAACCCAUUGAGCAAGCUGAUCCUAAAAAUCGUGGUCUUCAAGGAAACAAGGAAAUUCACAGGAAGUCUACUGAGAAGGGGCUGGAGAUACUAGUUCACCAUGGUGUGGACAAUUCUGUUGAACAAGUAAGGCAAAGGCGGCAAGAGCGGUGGGCUGGAACGGAUCGGCCGCGGCCCGCGCGGCUGUCGCAUGCGAGAUUUUCGAAGAACCAUGCAGGAAGAACACAUUCCGUGAAAGAUAAAGCUGGCCAGACGCACAAGCCUCUGGAUGUAUUUGAGUUUCCUGAUGAUUCUCAGUUCUCAAGCCUCAGCAGGCUGGGCGAAAAUGAGAAAGAUGAAGAAUCCUAUGAAAGCUUUGACCCUCCUCUACACAGCACGGCUAUAUAUGCUGAUGAGGAAGAAUUCUCCAAGCACUGCGGGUCACAUCUCCCCUCAAUUCCUCAAGAAAAAGAAGCAGAGAGAAGUUCGGACACUUUUGAAAUUGAAGCAAGUGAAAACGAGUCUAUAAAGAUUAGUGCCAAAAAGCCAACAAGAAAACUCAAGCCCAUCAGUGACGAAUCUGAAAGCCCUGAAGAAAGUGAUGUAAGGAGAAAAGUUAAACCCACAGAGAACAUAAAUACACGGCAUGAAGCUGUUUCAGCUACAGUACUUCCAGAACUUUCGGAGAAACCAGCUGAAGCGGUCACUCCUCAGAAGACAGGACCCCAGAGUGCUGAGUCCUCUGCUGAGAAAGCGACGCUAGCCACAGAACAUCAGCUGAAAACUCAGAAGAAUAAGAUGUUUCCUGGCAAAAGGAAGAAGCCAAGAAGUGAUGCCACAGACUCAGAUACUUCCGACUGUGCACCUAUUUGGUGUUUAAAAGAAAAGAAAGCCAGUGACAUCAUGGAAUUAGAUGUGUUUUUGUCUGCAUUCGAGAACAUUCUUCUAGAGUAUGAACAAAAAAUAGACUCUCGAGUUUGUAAGGCAGCCAUCAACAAAUUUCAUUCUGAUUUGAAAGAAGAACUCAUCAAAAUGCUUCAAGAUGUCCAGAUGUUGAAGACACUGAAAAGGAAGAAUGCUAAGAUGAUCUCCGAUAUCGAAAAGAAAAGGCAGCAUUUGAUUGAAGCCCAGGAUGAAUUGCUUUGGGUAGAACCAGAGCUGAAACAACUACAAAUAAAGUAUGAGGAACUUCAGGAGAGAAAAGCUUCCCUUAGGAAGGCAGCAUAUUUCCUGUCUAAUCUCAAACAGCUUCAUCAGGAUUACGCAGAUGUUCAAGAGGAAGAACCAAGUGCAAAGGAAACAUAUGAUUCAUCCAGCCUUCCAGCUUUGCUGUUCAAAGCAAGACCCCUUUUAGGAGCCGAAAAUCAUCUGCAAAAUAUCAACUGUCAAUUAGAGAAGCUCCUUGACCAGAAAUGAGACCAGUCUACUAAGAUGUGCACAUUUAAGAUUAGUCUCGUGAUACAGUUUUAGAAGGUAACAGGCAGUAUAUAUUUUUGCACAAAGAUGGGAAGAAAACCUGAACUUUAUUACUAUUAAUUUGAAUUGAAUAUUUUUCACUGUUAUAACAACAUUCUCAGAUAAGUUUAAAAGCAGGAAACUGUCUUACUGUUCAGACUGUUUGUAUGAUCUUGUCACCAGAAUUUAAUAUUGCUUUGUCAUUAAAAUUAAAUGGCUAAGUAUAAUAGUUUUAGAGGCCAUAAUUAACUUUUCUAGUUAACACCAAGUACAAAGUUUUAAAAUGUUUUAGAACGUUGACACCUCAUCAGCCCUUAAACAUACAGAAACUUUACCCUAAAAAUAAACAUCCAAAAUUAAGCUGA